AUGCACCGCUGCUUUGUCUUGCCGUUAUACGGUGGCGACGUCAAAGCGCUCCUCCAAUCCCGAGGCACCAUCCCACUCAGGCUCCCUACCGCUGGCAAAGCAUGUUGCACUCCACCUCCUGAGCGGACUGGCUUUUGCGCAUGGACGCCACAUCGUGCAUACGGAUUUAAAGGUGGACGCCACAUCGUGCAUACGGAUUUAAAGGUGGACAAUAUCUUGUUUACGACAGGAGCCACGAAGGAGGAUAUCGAUAAGUGGGUUAAAUGGGACCCCCCACGUAGGAACCCUCCGGAAAUGUCGAGUGACGGCAUCGUUCAGUCGGCCGUAUCCCAGCCUAUGAAACUUCCCUCUGAAGAAGAGGCUUUCAAGGCCACAUACGUCCUCUCUGACUUCGGUAGCGGUGAGCUCGUCCUCCAUUCGUAUCUCCUCGAGACUUAUGCUCAUCCGGCGCUUCCAGCACAGGCUUCCAAACUCCAUGCCAACCGCACGAUCACGACGCCCCAGCACCGCGCACCCGAAGUCCUCCUCGGUAGUGAAUGGGACAAGCCAGCGGACAUAUGGACAUUCGGCUGUCUUGUAUACGAGCUAGUAACCUCCCGCGCACUCUUCUCGUAUCGCCCCAGCAACGUAUACGGCUUCUAUGAGACGGGGAACCCUCUCUACCAGAUGGUUCUCGAAAUCGGGGAGCUGUUCCGAGCGGCGCAGCUCAAGACGUGGCCAAAUGCAAUCGAUUAUUUCCACCUCGACAACUGUGACAGCGUUAUCCUUUCCCGCUAUCCAGCAUGUCUGACGUGGAGGUUGAUGUUACUCAGGCCGCUCGAGAUCAUGUCUUGGAACGACAUCCUUCCCAUAUCAGAAUUCAUCCGGCGGUGCUUGCGGUUAAAUCCAGAUGGGAGGGCGACGGCGACGGAUCUGCUCGAAGAUGAGUGGUUUGCAGGGGUUGAGUGA